AUGGAUCAUUCCCAAGUUAACGUAGAGCUUGCUCACCAACGAAACCAACAAGCAUACGUGGUGGCUAAUUCACAAGCAAAGAUUGCCAACCUCGAUAACAAUGAAUUCUUAAACCAAGGUCUGAUUAAGAAUGAGUACUUUGCUGAUGGCAACACAAUUUUUAUUCUCAUCAUGAAAAUUCUAUUGAAUAUUUGCACUUUGGGUUUAUUUUCACCAAUUGUGGUCAAUAUGAUAACUAGAAGAUCGGUAAGGAGUAUGGUUAUUGGCAAUAGACGUCUCCAAUAUGAUGAUGGUGGUGAUUUGACCAUGGCCAUGUGGUGUUACCUUGAUAAGUUCCUUAAUAUAAUAACAUUGGGUUGGUGGUACUUGCUCGGAUUCAGCCACAAGUAUUACUUGUCCAAGUUUGAUGAGAAAAUUACCUGGGGUCCACCAGCAAAGACCAUCAAAACCAAUUACUUUAAUGAUUCCAUUGUUUGGGAACCUGUUGAUGAUGGAAGAGGUAGUUUUAAAAUCUUCUCUGCUUACUUGGGUGUUUGGAAUGAAUUUGCUGGUUUCAUGCUUGGUGUUCUCAACUUUUUCUUCUUGGGAACUCUAUCUCCUAUCAGUGUAAAGUUUUACUUUUCCAAGUUAUUGAGUAAGGUUCGCUUGGGUGUUGGUAAAUUUGCAGUCAUUCAUCCACACAUGAUUGAAAGCAUUGAUAAUCAUAAUAGGGAUGAAUUUAGCCCAAUUCAAGUUCCGAGAGAUCAGAUAUAUAAUACACCAUACCCAGUCUCUUAUUUCCCACAAAUGGAAGGCCAUGGCAUGUAUGAGUUAAAGUUGAGAUUUGUAGCUGAUGUUUGUGAUAUGUAUGGAUUUUAUUGUGGCUACAAUUGUUUAAUGUACAUUACUUGUGGUUGUUUCAAAUUGUGUUCAUCUGAAUAUUUGAGAAGAUUUUUGAAUAAGAAGGUUGGUGUUCAUGUUGAGCCAAUAAGUAUUACAGUUCAACCUUAA